UCCCCUAAUACUCUUCACUGAGUGACCCUUUCUAGUGCUUUCACAUUUUGGAAAUAUUAAUUUAACAGAAAGCUAUGUUACAGCAGCACUUUGUUAUGGAGACUUUCACCCACGCGGAUAUUUCGUCCUUUUUACUACUUUUGGACAACAUUGAUACAGAGAGCCCAGAAGUUGAAGUUGGCGAGGAAAUGGGUCAGACGGUCAGCCAGAUUGGGAACAAAUUCUUCCCCUCCAAGGAAUCUCCCCCAAAAGCAGAGGCUACAGUAGUAGUCGAAGUUGACGAAACUGAUUCAGCUGCCGUUUCCAGAAGCCCUGUUUCCUCCUCCCCGAAAUACCCCCUUGCCACACCCCGCCAACCGCUCCGGCAGACCUCCAUAACUCGAAAGUCCUCAGAAGUCUCAAUCUCAGAAACCCCGUCCAAGAGGUUUAAGGGUGACACAACAUACUUGAACUUUCCCUUCCUGUUGGAUGAGAAAACUAUUGAUUAUGUUCAGAACAAUAAAGUUAUGUUUAUCAUGAAAGGUUUGCCAGGGUCAGGCAAAUCCACCAUUGUCAAAACUAUUCAAGAGGUUUACAAGGACUCAGUGGUGUGCUCGGCAGAUUUUUACUUCAUGAAAAGUGGAAAGUACAAAUUCCGAGCAGAUAAGCUCAAGGACGCACACCAGGCUUGCCAGAACAAGGCCACUGCUUCAGCAAGUAGGGGAAUGAACGUCAUAAUUAUUGACAACACAAAUGUCCGCAACUGGGAGAUGAAAUUCUACUUGACCCUAGCCAGGGAAUACCAUUAUGUACCUGUGAUUGUGGAACCGCAGACUCCGUGGUGUAGGGAUGCCUAUGAGUUGGCCCAGAGAAAUUCUCAUGGGGUGGACGUAAGCAUCAUUGAGCCGAAGGUCAAGGGUUACCAAGAAGUUCUGCCGCUGUACUAUGGUUGGUUCAUUAAUGAAGCAGAUUCAGACUCUAUUUUAAAAAUAUCAAAUGAAUGGCUAAAACACUGCCUGCAAGUUCAAGAUUUCUUCACCGAUUUCUCGGGAGAAUGUGGACUGUCAUCAAGAGAAGAGGACCACCCAGUUGUGUCAAACUGGAAUAACAUGUUUUUAAAUUUUGUAUUUUUAUAUGUUUUACACCUGAAAUGGCCCAAUGCCCCCUUUGAGCCCAACCUGGUCAUGAUCGAUAAAAUUGCUCUCCACAAUCAGACCUCCACAAUCAACUCCAAUUCAGAAACUCCAGAGUUUAUUCAAAACUAUCCAAAUCAUGACCCAGGAUAA